AUGUCGGAAGACCACACCUUAUCGAAAGCCGCCUACAAAGCUCCCUGGCAGACGAUGCCUUCGCUGCCACCGCUGCCCGAGCCUAAGUUUAACGGGACUGCUCCCAUCAACGGCGUGAACCUGUGGUACGCGACGUUUGGCGCAGACUUGUCCGAAAGUCGGUCUGCUGGCCUCUCUCCCGUGGUCUUCCUCCAUGGCGGGUUUGGGAACAGCCAGUACUUUGCCCAUCAGAUCAAGCAUCUAGAGAACGGGCCGUACACACUCAUCACUGUCGAUUCCCGGGCCCACGGUCGUUCUUCGGACGACUUGUCUCGACCUUUGAGCUAUGAUGCCAUGGCUCUGGAUGUCAUCGCCCUCAUGGAUUUCCUGGACAUUGACCGCUUCUCGACCGUCGGCUGGUCGGACGGGGGCUGUCUCGGAUUCGACCUCGCCAUGAACUACAGCCAGCGCAUCGAUCGCGUGUUUGCCUUUGGAGGCAGCUACAGCCCCGAGAAUCUCAACGCCACCGUCAUGGAGUCCGAGACCUUUUCGCUGUAUAUGCGAUGGGUACAGGAUGACUUUAAGAGACUCUCUCCGAGCUCGGGGACUUUUGAAGAUUUUGAGGACCGAAUGAUGGCCAUGUGGAGCACAGAGCCUGCAUGGACCGCCGACUCAUUUCAGAAAAUUCCAUCGCUGUUCGACGACCCCAAUGCUCCCAUCAUCUGGAUCGUCGCCGGAGAUUCGGAGGAAGCGGUGUCGCGAACGACUCCUUUAGACUUGCAUAACUGGAUCUGGGGUUCAGCGCUCGUCACCUUGCCUUCAGUCAGUCAUUUCGCGAUGUUCCAGGACCCAACGACAUUCAGUCUCCUCCUGAGUCGACUUUUGGAGAUCAAGCGAUGA